AAAUAUAUCAGGAAAUAAACGCCACAGUGGUUUAUAAUUUCUUUUCCAAUCACUUUCAAGGCUGCAACAAGUUAGUUUUUUUAUAAAAACUAACUUGACUGCAACAAUAUAAAUGGAUGGAGUCUUACAAAAUCAAGAAUUUUAAAUUGAGUUGUCAGUACUACUUGAUCAAGAUUGAUUUAGGAUUGGUAUUUUCUUAAAUGUCUCAAAAGAUAGUUUAGAAUCAAUUAAAAGUGAUUCUAUAAAUUUUCGAAAACAAGAAGACAAAGCAUAUGAAAUGAUAAAAAAAUGGUUCAAUAUAGAUGAAAAUCCAACGUUAAAUAAAUUAAAAAUUGCCAUAUUAAAAAUUCCAAAAAAAGAUUUAUGGAAGAAGGUGGAGGAUCUUGCAAAGAUUUCAAGUUCACCAAACAAAGAUUCCAAUAUUUCUUUCAAAAAAGAAUUGUCACCGAUGUCAGCUGAACUAAAAAAAUUUUAUCUUGAAUAUUAUGGGAAAAUUGAUGAACUUGAACCUCUGUUAAAAACAUCUGCAAAUGUUGAUCUAAUACAAAAAUUUGUUGAUCUAUGUAUUGUUGAUUCCGUGACCGCUCAAAAAAAUGCUGUUUUUAGUGUUGAACGAGAGGAAUUUCUUCAAAAGCAAAUGCGUUAUACACCAAUUCCAUAUAGUGAAAUAUUUACGAAAGAAAAAUCUGUAUUAUUAAUAUCUGGAAUAGCUGGUAUUGGGAAAACAUGGUUGCUUAGAAAAUGUUUACUUGAUUGGUUAAAUAAUUUAAUUUGGAAAAAUGUUAAACUUGUUUUUUAUUUGGAAUGCAGGAGACUCAAUCAAUAUCCAAAUAUUUCAGAUAUUAAUGAAUUACUAAUUGUUUUCUACAAAGAUAUUGUAAAUGUUUUCUACAAAGAUAUUGUAAAUGACUUUAAAUUAAGUAGUCAUACUACAAUGUUUAUAGUUGAUGGAUUAGAUGAGAUUCAAUAUUUCGAUGAGUUAUUAAAUCCAAAUUUUACUUCUUAUCCAAUUGUUAAUGCUUUCGCAGAAAUUACAAAAUACAAACAUGUCGUUGAUGGAUUAGAUGAGUUUAAUUAUUUUAAUGAGUUACCAAAUCCAAGAUUGACUCCCAUUGUUAAAGUUUUACGAGAUAUUAAAAAAUACAAACACAUAAUUGCUGGUAGAGUUUAUGCGAUUGAUCAAUACCAAAGUAUAUCUACAGAACAAAGCAAUAAGUUAACCAUUCAAAUAAUGGGAUUUAAUGAAAAUGGAAUAAAUAAUUAUAUAGAAAGUCAUGUUAUGGAAGAAAAAAAAGAAGUUGUAAAAACAACUUUGGCAGAAUCUCCUAUUGCAAAAGCCAUGGCCUCUGUUCCAUUUUAUUUAUCUUCAAUGUGUAAAAUUAUUAGUGAUGUAGAAAUAAUAAAUAAAAAUUCCCUCUUAACGAUGACAGAUUUGUAUGCAAAUAUUUUUUUAUACUUUUUGCGCCAACACAUUUUCAAAAACAAUAAAUUGAUAUAUAAGAUAAUGGAAGAUAAUACUAAUAAAAAAUAUAUUUUAAAUAUUUGUAAAAUUGCAUAUAAUUUGUUUCUUCAAAAUAAAAUAAUUUUUUCCAAUGAAGAGUUUCAAGAUUUUCUCAGUGAUAAAAAUGAAGGUGAUUUUUUUGGAUUUAUAGAAAGGAUUGAAACAGAUUUGGGUUGUUACUAUCAGUUUGCCCAUUUGACAAUAAUGGAGUUUUGUGCAUCUGUAUAUGCAUCUGUAUAUAAUUGUUUAAGUGGUGAUGAGAUUAUGACCAAUACGAGGCUGAAAACUUGUUUAUCAAUGAUUUGUGGAUUAGCCAUUAAAAACCAAAAAAGUUUAAUAAAGUUUCUUUUUAACUUAAAUCCUUCGAAAAAGUCAAAUAAAGAACCAUCACUUUUGUGUUCUAUUUUAGAUCGUCUAUCUAAAAGUAUUAAAAAUUAUUCUGCUGAUGAUUUCAAUUUUUUCUACGAAUGUUUUUACGAAAGUCAACCGUCAUUCACUGAUGAAAUAAAAUCAAUUGUUGAUGAACAAAAUAAACGAAAGCUUGGUGGUGGUUGGGAGAUUUCGAUUAACGAUAGAAAAACUUCUUACGCAACUUCUUGCGAUAAUUAUUUCGUAAAUUAUUACAUAAAAUCUGGAAGAAAGUUAAUGUGGUUAUAUGUUUAUAAAAGUAUUUUAAGUGAUGAAGAAAAAAAUCUUUUAAUUCGAUGUUCAACUAAUGUUUGCAAAGUCUGUUUUGAUCGUCCAAUUAAUUUCGAAGGAUGGAAACCGAAAGAUAAGAUUAAAAAGUUGUGGAUAUUGAUUUCACGUUAUUUAAUAACAAAAAAAGGUUUUGAAGAAAACUUUCUUCCUUGGAUUAAUCUUUGUGAAGAAUAUUUAGAUCUUCAACUUCACGACGACAUUGAUUUCAUUAAAGAUAUUUGUGAAUGGAUUCGUUGUUCGAACAUCAAGAAGUUUGUGAUCGAGUACCGUGGAAAAAAAAUUUAUAACCUCGAUGAAUUAACUUUAUAACGCGGGAAAAUGUUUAAUAUUUUGAAU